CCAAUUUACUCUCGGGAGGGAGCUUAGAAGCAUCCCUUUCCCCAUUUCCACCGCUCCUCUAUUCACACGCAGGGACAGAGUCUGAGAGUGGCGAGAGAAGAUGAUACCGCAUCAAUGGGGGUCUCCGUGCGGUAACCAAUGCACCAACAAGUACGCAGCCCUUAUGCAGAUUCCAUGGCGAGUAUUUUGCAAAAAGGGCUGUGACGCUGAUGGAGAGACUUGGGAAGAAUGCUUGGAGGAGUGCAAUGAGAUAUGCUACAAGGAUCCUGUUUUAAAGGACCGGCAAUGGAGUGCUUGCAUCGACCGUUCUCCUGGAGUUGACAGGUACUCAGAGGAGUGCUUUCAUGCUUGUGUAUCUGGCUGUGGUUACAAGUUUGAUAUUCGUCCAGACAUAGCUGAUAAAGUUCGUCCAAACAGGCGACCUAAGCCUCCUCCCCCUGUUCAAGAGCCAGCCUCACCGCCUGCUGAAUCCAGAGCAGCCGGAGCAACGACUGAAGACAUACUUAGCACUUCAGCAUAGUGAGAGACAAACCUAACUAUACUAUAAAAUGCUUACCAACGAUUUAGUUAGUUAAUAGGUUGGAGGAUUAAUUUUUCUUUUUGCCAUUUUAUAUUGCUUUCAGAUUAACUAACAUCUGGGCAUCCAGAUUUUUUGACAGACAAGAAACACCAUGGAAAUGUGAACUGUAAACUGGAUCCCCUUUCUGUUUUAUUGGUGACAAUUGAAUUGAUAUUCGAUAUAUUCGCGAGUUCAAUGUUUGAGAAGAUACUUCAGAA